UGGACACUAAGGUUUGAUCAUGUGUUGUUUGUUGUAUUAAGAUAGUUUUAAGAUAUGUCUAUGUGAUAUAACACAAGCAGCCAAAACCACGAGCAUAGUUAAGAGGUAAUAAUAUAUUUUGUUGUUUCUUGUCCAGAGAAUUCAUGUUACUCUUGUCUGAAUCUUCCUCAAAUCUACUCAUGUAGACCUCCCUAUCUCGAUCUAAAUUUCCGCCAAACUUUUUUUAAUCCCAAAGAUUCUUUAAACAGAAUCAUCAUCAAUCAUGAAAGAGAUCAAGAAGACGAUGACGAAGCAGAUGACGGCAAGACGUGACGACACGCCGUUACACACGGCGGUUAGAGAAGGCAAAACGGACCUUCUUUUGGAGAUGAUCGGAGAACACGACGGCGUGGAGCUGAAAGAGUUGUUGGCCGAGCAAAACCAGUCCGGUGAAACGGCUUUGUACGUUGCGGCUGAGUACGGUUACACCGACAUGGUUAAGAUUCUGAUGAAACACUCCGACUCUGUCUUAGCCGGAACCAAAGCCAAGAACGGCUUCGAUGCCUUUCACAUCGCCGCCAAAAACGGAAAUCUACAGGUUCUUGAUGUGUUAAUAGAGGCAAAUCCAGAACUCUCAUUUACAUUUGAUUCAUCCAAAACCACGGCGCUUCAUACCGCGGCUUCACAGGGUCAUGGAGAGAUUGUUUGUUUCUUGUUGGAUAAAGGUGUGGACUUAGCUGCUAUUGCGAGAAGCAAUGGUAAAACCGCUUUGCACUCUGCAGCUAGGAACGGGCACACGGUGAUUGUGAAGAAGUUGAUUGAAAAGAAGGCUGGUAUGGUUACAAGAGUCGACAAGAAAGGUCAAACCGCUCUUCAUAUGGCGGUUAAAGGACAAAACACUGAGAUUGUGGAUGUGUUGAUGGAAGCAGAUGGUUCGUUGAUCAAUUCCGCGGAUAAUAAAGGAAACACUCCAUUGCAUAUAGCAGUCCGUAAAAACAGAGCAGAGGUAAUCGUUGAUCAAUCUUUUAAGUUAUUCUUGUUGCAGAAGUUAGAAUCUUUCUUGUAUUCUUUGCAGAUUGUUCAGACAGUUUUAAAGUAUUGUGAAGUCAGUAGAGUGGCGGUUAAUAAAUCAGGAGAAACAGCUCUUGAUAUCGCUGAGAAAACCGGACUACAUGAGAUCGUACCGCUUCUGCAAAAGAUCGGUAUGCAGAACGCAAGAUCCAUCAAGCCAGCUGAAAAAGUGGAACCAUCAGGCUCUUCUAGGAAACUGAAAGAAACAGUUAGUGAAAUAGGCCAUGAGGUGCAUACUCAGCUUGAACAAACCGGGAGAACGAGAAGAGAGAUCCAAGGAAUCGCUAAACGGGUCAACAAAAUGCACACGGAAGGACUCAACAACGCGAUAAACUCCACUACCCUAGUAGCCAUUCUCAUAGCAACCGUUGCUUUUGCAGCUAUCUUCAACGUUCCAGGCCAGUACACGGACGACCCUAAAGACGUACCUCCAGGAUAUUCACUCGGAGAAGCAAGAGCAGCUCCAAGACCCGAGUUCUUGAUAUUCGUCGUGUUUGAUUCUUUCGCGCUUUUCAUCUCUUUAGCGGUGGUUGUGGUUCAGACAUCAGUGGUGGUUAUAGAGAGGAGAGCAAAGAAGCAAAUGAUGGCUAUAAUCAACAAGCUCAUGUGGAUGGCUUGCAUUAUGAUCUCAGUAGCGUUCGUAUCACUGUCUUUUGUUGUCGUGGGAGAGAAAGAGAAGCCUUUGGCGGUUGGAGUAACCGCCAUUGGAGCUUUGAUCAUGGUUUCAACACUAGGGACUAUGUGUUAUUGGGUGAUUGCUAACCGGAUUGAAGGAUCUAAGUCAUCUCCAGCUUCCAUGAUGUCAGAUCCUGAGUUAGCUGAUUCCAAACAUAACCGGAAACUUUAUGCGGUUUGAUUAGAGUGAAACAGAGGAUUUAGAAAAUCAUUAAAGAACAGAGAGAUUUUGUAUCCAGAUAAUAAAAGAGAUAACUCUUGUGUUUAUAGUAGAUUCUGUAUAUGUAACAAAAGGGAAAUAGUAUAAAUCAAUUUAUAAGACUUUUACAUGAUAAAUCAUCAAUGUUGACUUUGACUAGAGUCAACAAAAAUGACGAUGCCUAUACAAAGAACAAGG